AGGGAAAUCAACAGAAGGAAAUGAUGCGCACUGUACUGGUUCUUGCGAUGCUGGUGAUGGCGUCCACUUGCCUUCAGGUGUCUGGAGCUCGAGAGGACGUCGGGUACUUCGAGCGGGAGUUGGUGUCCGAGUUGGCGGCGCAGAUCCUGCGCGUGGCUCAGGGACCCUCGGCCUUCGUCGCGGGCCCUCACAAGCGCAACUCGGAGCUGAUCAACUCCCUCCUGGGGAUCCCCAAGGUCAUGAACGACGCCGGGAGGAGAUAAACAUGCUGUAACUACUUAUCUUCUCCAAUGUAGAGAUCCAUGCCGACGCAGAAGAGGCCUUGCCCACAACAACAAACUUUACAUCGAUAUCUUCCUUAAAUAAACGUUGCAACAUUCGCAUUA